AUGAACUUGCCUUUUCAGUAUACUUUUUCCUAUUAAAUGUGCUAAUAUCAUUCUACGUAUAUAAAGUUUUGAACUAACUUUUCUGGCCAUUAUUUUGAGCACUAGGCGAUUUUUCAGAGCUAAUUAGAGAAUCGGAGUUGGUCUUGCGAAUAGCUAGGGAAGUUAAGCAACUAACUCGACAACGGAUAUAACAACUGUUUUAAAUUUUGUCGUUACCAUUGUUGUGGUUUCUUAAGCUGGUUAAGAAAAAGAACAAAGCAAUUUGUCUAAUUUCUCUCACGCUCUAUCUACAGACCCCAUGCCGACGCUCCCAGCAUCUUGAAGUGCUCAUGCAAUGAACCUCGCAUGAGAUUAGGAGAGCCUCUGGCAUCAGAUAUUAUUCUGUCAGCAACUGAUAAACAUGGCAACAAAACAGGCAAGGUGAGCAAUUUCCUUUCAGAACAUCUUCUCUUUUGCAAAACCAAUCUUCAAGAAUUGUUUCAGUAAUUCGUUUUAGUUUUUAAUCAACAAAAUUAUUUGAUUGUUUUCUCGUUUUUUGUGUUGUUUUGUAGUUUCAUGUACAGUUUUUCUGGUUCAGAUUCGUCAGUUUUUUAGUGAUUCACUCCUAUUUUCUUCCGUGUAUUCUCUAGUUUCCAGACCACUUAUUGCCAGAGUUUUACGUUUCCUAAGGUGGACUGAACAAAAAUUUCUUUUUUAUUCUAAUUUGUCCAAAAAAAAAAAACUGUAACAUGUUUGCCAGGCUUGUUGGCCAUCACCCUCGUAUCAUGUUUUGCUUGAUUGUCUUCUCAUUUGCUAUUUUGUUAUGCUUCCUCCUACAGUAUUCACGUACAAUCUUUUCUUUUUCAUUAGUCGGUUUCAAACCAUUUUUCUCCUUUUCUUUUUUCUCUGGAUUCAUUUAGCUUCCCAACCACGUCUUGCCAGAGUUUCACGUUUCAUCAGACGGGCUGAAAGAACAAGAAGUCCAAUUGGGAUUCACGGCUGUAAGUACCGGCCGAUUUGUUCUGAUAACCGACUCUUUUUGUUAUUCAUUCUUGCAAGGAGUAUUCUUACAGACUGCGUGCUCAAGCUGUUGAACGUACUGGAAGUCACCCAAAAUGGUGGAAAUGGUAAUUUCGAGUUAAAGGGGCUUUGUCACAAAAUUUUUCAAAAUUUAAACGUUGAGAACUGCCACCAGAUAUAGUGAAACAUAAAGGUAACCGCUCAAAACGUUGAAAGAAGGACUAAAUAUCAGAUCAAGUACGAAAAGAGGCAUGAAUGGACAAACUUGAAUGAGAUAGAAACGGAUUGUAAUUGGAGUUUCUGAAAACUUGUUAGGCUAACAGUGUUGCAAAGUAACGUCUGAUAUGAUGGUGGGGAAACAGUUUUGUUUUACUUUAGUAGUUUCCAAAUUCAUGAAUUCUCGUCUCCACUUAAAGGGACAGGUUCACGGUUAAGCGCAUGCUCAUUAAUUAAAUUACUUUUGUCCAAUUUAUUAUUAAUUCUAUCGGUUAAUAAUCCCACUCACGUGUAUCUCAGCGAUCUCGAAGUGCAUUUCAAAGUAAAAGUGUAUUUCAGAGUAACCUGAAGUAGGAUGGAGGAGUACUAAAAUCGCAGAAAAAAUUAGUGGAUUAUGCCAACACUACCAACGUUUAAUUUAUUGUUGACCCGAAGGUUUUAUUCCAUGGUUGAUGAAUUUACAGCUAUUUGCAAAUAAGUUGAUCAAGUAACUGCCAGGGGAGUGUGCAGGUUGGUUCUUUGACAACACUAUGACAUGAUCAUAUUGCGUGCAUAGACGAUACAGCAUGUCCCGGCCGAAAAACAGCAUUUUGAUAAAUGAGCAUGCGCUGAACCGUGAACCUGACCCUUUAAUGCCAUCCUGCCCCAAUACUUCAAAAAGAAGGAUAGCUUGAAACCAAUUGCUUUAUCCAGUAGAAAGAGAUUUUUCCUUUGGGAUAGGGUUAUCCACCCUUUAAACAACUGGAGCCAGGCUUGUAAUAAGAAAAUCACAAUAACUUAUCUCUACAAUUAGCAAUUACUGAAAGAGGCUGAGUAGGAGGUGAAGAAUCGAAGAGAAUGUUAUCCACCGAGGUUGAAGGCCUUGCAUGUUCCAAAUUUGGUCAACACCAGUUGGUUAUGAAGAAUUAGCCGGGGGCUUUGAACCAAUCAGGAGUGUUGAAAUAUUUUGAGUGAAUGAUAACUGCAUUUAAACACCUUCUGCAGGGUUUAUUCUAGAGCGCAGCCUUGCGGGAUUUCCGCAAUUUGGAAAAAAAUGCCGCAUAAAAUUUACGUUGCCGCGUCAAACGGGGCGCAAAAAAAAAAAUAGAGCCAAGAAUAAGUAAAAUAAGUUUGAAAUAAAGUAUUCAAAAACAUUACUGACAACAACACUGAUUUGACGGCCGCUCUUUAAACUUAUUUCGAACUUUUAUAGCCUCCUUCUUUCUCAUUUGCCUUUCUCCUCUUCGUUUGAGUCAUUAUUUCACCAGACAAACAUCCGAGAUCCUGCAGUAAUUCGAGCCCAGGCUUUUUCAGUUGCCCAGAAUGUUCCAAAAUGGCGGCAACGCGUCAAUAAAGGUUCGUUUUCCCAUGGGACAGUCUGCACCAAUAAGUUCAAAUACCAUUUGGGGACCCCCCUUUCUUGAAAAAAGGCCCCCUAAAAUUACAGAAGGGGCCCAUUUGACCCUCAUUGGCCAAUUUUUAGAAUCAACCUUGCUUCUGGUAGCAUGACUCUGCCAAGGAAUUGUGUUUGACGUUUUAGUUGCUGUAUUUGUAUCCUUUGCUUACAACCCUGCUGUGUUGUGUUUUGUAGGAUGGUAAUAUCGUAAUCAAGAACAUUCAAUUUGAGGAUGACCCCCUUGGACACAGAGAAGUCAGCAUUAAAUGGAAAGAUCUUCUGUUAUCAAAGACUAGAGGUAAGUAUUUUAGUAUUUUUACCAUAGGUUGCGUGUUUCAAUAUUUCUUGUAAUUUUGAGGUUAAACUUCAUGUGUGCAGAAUCUAAUGCAAAUGAGCGAGAACAAUAAAAUUUUCCUACUAGUAAAAACCAAGGUUACGGAAUGUGGGCGACAACGAUCGGAGGUCAAAACGCUUUUCCUCCAACGCUGUGCUUUGCGCAAGUUUCACCUGACAGAUGGUAAAAACACGCGUGAUCAGAUUAUGAGUGAUAGAAGGGCCCAACGUGCGUAAUGAGCAUUCCAUUCAUUCUAGGUGGAAGUCCAAACGAAUGCAGGCUACAUACAUGCGACGCAUGCGUAAUAACAACCUGUAUAUUAGGAUUGCGUGCCCCUCGUAUCGCCUGCAAUUAGCGUUGAUUUCGGCACAUGUCAGUGAAGCUGGACGUUCAGGACGGGCCUAAGAGAAAUCAUCACUUGCCCUAAUUAUACAUAGGCAUGGAUAACAUGUCGAAGAGGUUAAUAAACUAGUAAAAUGAUGUAAUGAACAAGAAAGUUAAAUUCUCCCAACUAAUUUUAUAUGGAAUUGUAUAGUUCAGUCUGGAGUAUUUAUAUGUGGAUGUACUUGACUACUUAUCUCCCUCCAAUGUGGCGCGGGUUCAUCUGAGGCGGACGGUCAUGUUGUGUUUGUUGAUGCUUCUCUCCCCCGUGGCUGAUUCUUUACCGUGUUGCUCCUUCUCUCUCUUGCUUCAAGAGAGCAAUGUAGUUUUCCUCUCGCCUCAAGAAACAACAAUUGUAAAUGGCAAUUCGCCAGAUGUGUACAAACAUUCGAUUUCGAAACCCAGAUAUUUUUAAAUUUACGCGUACAUUGUACAAACGUUUUAGAUGUAGAGGAAGUGCAUCCAUGUAGUGGUUAUUCGUCUACUAAUCUUGAUCGUAUUAGACUACAAAACAGUCGGUUUUGCAGUUUCCGGUCUCAAAAUCGGUUUAGCGUAACUAAAGAGUCUCGCGCAACGGUCUCUUCCCAGUCUCGCUAUCCGUUUUCAGCCUCGCUCCAGACCUUUUGUUUGACUGCUUGCGCGUACUUGGAUACGCAAAAAUACGGACUGUUUUGCAGUCUAUGAUCGUAUGGAAAUUUGGAAAUGUUGGUUUUCGCAGAGAGGGGAGAUCGGAGUACCCGGGGAAAAACCUUUUUGAACAAGGAAAGAACCAAUAUCAAACUCAAGCCACUUAUGGUCUCGCUUCUGGGACCCAGCAACAUAAGUGUAACGCGGGUGGUCUCUUUCUUGCCUUCCACUUGCAGCUAACUUGGAAAAAAAGACCCAGACUUUUGCAAGCGCUAACAAAGCAAACCUAUUUGUGAGAGCAAAUUGUCAUGAGUCAAUUUGAGUUUUUGACCAGACCUACAUUGUUGGUAUAUUAAUGUUUGGUUUUUAGGUUAUUGCAGGCCCACCAGCGAAGCUCAAGAUUCUAAAGUUUGAUCAUUCUGAGGUAGGUAUGAAAAACGCGUGUCUUGGACCCAGUGUUUCAGUGUUCCAUCUUCAAAUUUUGAACACUGAGUUCAAUCUAUCAAUGAGCGAGUCCCAAACCCACUGAAAGAGCGUCCUAUUGACGCUUGGAGCUUGGAGCCCCACCUGACAUUGGAUUAAGAGGCAUAAGCACAUUUCAACCAUGACUUCUUUGACUCUUCAACAACAUUUUCAUGCACAACAAUGUUGUGUAUAAAGUCUUUUUCUCUCCUCAGUGAGUCAGGGCAUUUUCCAUUUGUCAGAACUGGCCGACCAGCACAUUCCCGUUGUAAUGAUAAUUUUACUUUUAAUCAAAGCUAUCCAGCCAGAUCAGUCAAAUUCUAAAUAGUAUGCACGAAGGAAAUCGUUUUUCCUCAAAAGCUCUUGGAAAAAGCCUAUUUCAUUUUCAAAAUGACAGGUCCAGCCAUGGUCUGGCCGGCCAGUUCUGACUUUUGGAAAGCACACGAAGUUAGAGUGCUUGUUGAGAUUGCCUCGACCUCUGACUUGCGGUAGUGGGAAACAACAUUGCUUGGGAAGCUUCCUAUGCGUUAUCAAGCCUGCUCUUGUACAAACUCGAGUUCAUAAUGUGAUUUGUUUUACUUGUUUUACAGCCACUUUCAGUGUUUAACGAUACCAAGAUGCCAUUUCCCCUUACUGUUCAACUGUGCGACAAGCUUGAAAACCCUUCAGAUGAGCCUAAUGUUAAGGUGGUCCUUAAUACGGACAGAGGAAUUAAGGUGGGAAACUCAGUUUUUGUUAUUCAAUUAAAAUUUGACCAAGCCUUUAAUAGUUUGGUCUCCUUUUAAUAAAUGCCGUUUCAGUCGAACCUCCACUAAUAGGGAGCUUAAGCAACUACGACGACGACGACGACGACGACCACGACCACGACCACGACAACAUCAAAAAACAACAAGUUUAAUGAUCAAAACAACAGUUCUUCACGUGCAUCAUGCUUUCUAGUACAUUUAUUUGGCGUCCACUGCACGACUACGACGUGAAACCUCCUAAUUUGACGUUUAUGGAGGACGUGGACAUAGGACGACGAAUUUUCCUUCCUCUUUUGGAACCUGAAUAAGCUCCUUAAGAAUUCAACUCCAGGAAAAGUCGCCUGCAUUUGACAUAUUGAGCGGCUCCAAAUAGACCCGAUUAAGUUUGAAAGAACGCAAAUUCAUUUCUUUGGCGACGUUUUCACUGCCCUUGUCGUCGUCGUUGCUUAAGGUCCCUAAGGAGCACCUCUCGACAACGGCCACUUUUUUUGUCCCAGGAGACAGUCCAUAGAUUGACUCUUGUCCAAACCUCUCAUUAACGGCAACGGCCACUAAGGCGUGUUUCCAAGUUCCAAAAUAAGGGAGUUUAAGCAACGACGGCGACGACGGCAAUGAGAACGGCAAAAAGGCAAUAGGUUAGAUUAGCAAAACAACAACUUUGCACGUGCAUCACGCUUUUUUGUACUUUUCUUAACCGUCGUUGCACGACUACAACGUGAAAGUGCCUAAUUUCACGUUUUGUUGAGGACGGGAACACAAAACAACAACUUUCCUUUUCUUUUCCAAAAAAUAUUGCCCACAUUUGACGAAUUAAAGUGACGUUUUCAUAGCCGUCGCCGUCGUUGUUGCUUAAGCUCCAUGUUAGGGACGUUACGAUCCGACAACGGCGACGCCAAUGAAAACGUCGCUGAGAAAUAGACUUCGCGUCCUUUAAAACUUUUUCGCCCUUAUACCAAGUCACUCAGUCACUUGAAAGUAGGGAAGUUAAGUUAGAACUGAAGAGAGGGGACCACGUCCGAAUUCAGAGAGAGAAAGCAAAAUUUAUCGCUCUGCCGUUCCCGUUCUCAAGUCAACUCAAAAUUUGGUCAUUUCACGUCGUAGUUGGGCAGGGACGGCAAAGAAAUAUACAAAAAGCGUGGUGCACGUGCAGAGUUGUUGUUUUGCUCAUAAAAACUAUUCUGUUUUAGACGUUCCCGUUGCCGUCGCCGUUGUAGUUUCGUAAGGUCUGUAUUUCCUCUCGACAACGGCCAGUUUUUUUCAGCAACCGAUGAAAGAGUCAAGAAUGGUGAUAAAGUUUGAUCCGUAUGGCGCGUUGGUGAUUAAUCGUGGCAAUCGUAUUUUGAUUGUGAUCCAUUUAUACUGCUGCAGUAAGCAUAAAUUGUCUACGAUACUUGUAGCGAAUGUUGCGAGCCUUGCUUGUUUUGGGACGUUAACAUUUUAAUUCAAAGCAAUAUUGAAGUUUUUUGUGUAUUUUAACUCUAUGUAUUAUAUAUGAUUGGAUUACCUUUAUGGAAUACAAUAAAAUAAGAAUGAACUUAGUAGCGCAAUAAACAUGUUGUACUCCCUGUCUCCUAAUAACGGCCACCUCUUCUGUCCCUAAGGUGGCGGCUGUCGAGAGGUUAGACUGUAUUAUGUAAUCUGCGACCUUUUCUUGCACUUCAAAAGAUCUGGUCGAUGUUGCGACUGAACCGUUUUUACUGCCAUAUUUUUUUAGCUUUCUAUCGAUAGUGCGUCGAGCACCUGAUUAUGCAAAUUUAUAUAAAUCUAUGCAAACUAUGUUUCUAAUUGUGGUAUUUUUUAUUAUUAUUUUUUUUUUCAGUUGACUCCAGCACCCGCUCAGCAGAAGACGGACAGCAAGGGUCAAGCAACGUUUGGUCAACCUACUGUGAGCGCAACCAAGUAGGUGGAAUAUGAACAUAAGUCUUCUUUGGCCCGUGUUCCUGCCUCUUACUUGAUAGCUCUUACCUCAGCCCUUAAUGAACGUUAGAGUCAAAGAGAAGCUUUCUUUACUUUGUACACCAUUUCUUAGUUCUGCUACUCGGCAGUUUUAAUUCCUUCUUAACGGCGCCUCUUAUAGUGGGACCCCUAGAGUUGGUCCCUGCCUUUCCUUAGUCAUUUUAUUUGACUUCCUAUAAGAUAGAGACCUUCCUAAAACAGACACCUAGAGUUGGUCCCUGCCAUUCUUUAUUCAUUUUUUUUUUACCCUCUUUAAAACGCACACCUCCCUAAAACGGACACCAAGCGUCGGUUUCUGCCAUUCUUUAGUCGUUUUCUUUGACUCUCUAAAAGAUGGACACCUCCCUAAAAUUCUUAAAGUUUGUCCCCGUCGUUCUUCAUUCAUUUUCUUUGAUUCUGUAGAAGAUGGACACCUCCCUAAAACUAACCUGAGAUCAGGCCUCUUUUCUUUUUUUUUUUUUUUUUUUUUUUUGCUUCUUUGGCUCGAGACGGAAAAAAAAAUAACGCCUGAUACAUUUAUUUAACAAGCAGUCAACCGCCCCCUAAUUUACAUAAUCUAACGUUUGCUUGACCUGUCAUGUUUUUAGCCAAUAAGCGUUUACCAAACGGGAAUCAAAUUUUGGCGCGAAUAAUGUCUCUUUUGAAAUCAGUUUUAGGGGAAAAAAAUUUUUUGAAUACGUCCGUGUUCAGAUGGCGCUUCGUAAAAAAAAAAAAAAAAUUAAUGUGUUGUUUUUGUGAUGAAAUACUGCUAGCUGGAGCUGUCGUACGUUUGUGAAUAGCUACAAAUAAUAAAGAAUUUACUGGUUAAAGCUCGUUGACUUCGUUCUGUACUACGAAAGCAGUGGAAAAAAAAUUAGGCUGAAGCACCAUAUUUCACGAACUGAAAGGUGUUGUGAAAGCGAAGAUCGCUCAGAAUAAUUCGCAGCAUGAUUUCUGAAGGAGGAAAUACAGUCAAACCAGGUCAAGAUUCCAUUCAUGAAUUGAUUAUUUGAAAAGUGAACCCGUUUGUCGCUUCUGUAACUUGUAGCCGGUAUCAAAUUGCAUUCAAAUGAUCGGUGAAGUUUUGACUGCAACUGUUUUGGUAUACGAUGAGAUGGUAAAUAUUUCAAUGGAUGAAACUUCUAUUUAGGCAUUCUUCAAAUUCAAGAAAACUGAGCGGGCAGAAAUUUCAUAACGAACUCGCGUGUGUAUUCACUGCUUAUUACGCAAGCAAAAAUGCAGACUGAAAUAAACAACAACUAACGGAUGGCGUCAUUUUGGCCAAUCGGAACAGCGCAAAUCAUCCGCAUUGUUUCCUAUCCAAUCAGAAAAAAGUCCAGAUUCUGGCAUUUUUACAUGUGAUCCGACAAAGAAAUGUAUCAUGCCCUCUUCCCGUGAGAGACAUAAAGGGAUAAUAGGGAGAGGGCAUGAUCUCAGGCUACCCUAAAACGGACACCUAGAGUUGAUCCCUGCAAUUCUUUAGUCGUUUUCUUUGAAUCUGUUUAAGACGGACACCUCCUUAAAAUGGACAUGCACCUAGAGUCGGUUGCUACCAUUCUUCGUUCAUUUCCUUUGACUCUAUAAGACGAACACCCCCCUAAAAAGGACACUAAAUGCCGGCAUACACUUUGUGCUGAUCAAAAAGAUAUCCGUCGACUUUAAGAGCCCCAGCCUUGGCAUUUCUUAGGAACAACCUCUUCCUCGGUCAUAAUUUAAGUCUGUAAAAUAACUCGCGGAAACGUGUGUUUGAAAAUCAGUGAAAUGUAUGGAAUAAGAAUCAAAGCCCUGCUUGGAAGAACUGCAUUGGAUGCGCCUACGAUAAGCGUGAGGUAAGUUCUUGAAGCAGGUUAACACACAUUUCACAAUCACUCACGGAUUUGGUCGAGAGCUCUGAUUUGUGAGAGUUUAGACCUCCGAAAUGGCGUCAAAAUGUUUAAAACUUUAGUGUAACUGCGAGUUGCACUCCAGUUGUUUCAUUGCAGCGUAUCAAAGAUGUUCACGUUAUCUCUGUGGUCUGUAAGAGUAAAGUCAAUGGAAAAUUGUUGUUUAUUCGCCAAAAUAUUCAAUAUUUUGUAUCAAUAGAGAUGUUGAACGUGGCAUUUAAAGCAAAAGGAAACGGUAGAGAUCAAAUCGGCUAUUGAAUUCGCUUUUGCCAUUUUCGGAGAUAGCUAGUACAUCGCUUAGGAGUGAAUAUGUUGCAUACGUUAGCGCUAGCGUUGGAAGAAGUCGGACGCGUCAAAGCUACUUGCGAUCGCUUUUCUCAAGUUGGUGCUUUUGAUACUGUAAUUUCCUGUGGUACCUACCCGCUUUGACUAGCUGUAGCUAUUUGCGGGUAGUUACAUCUGCACUGUCAUAUUCUAAUGAUAAAGUUGUUGUUGUUGUUGUUGUUAUAUGUUUUGCAUUUCAGAGUGGAGCCUGACCCAUCAAAGGCUGUAAAUCUUAACGUCACGUUUGAUUCUAAUGCGCCGUGUGUCGUUGGAGAGUUGUUACCAAGUAAGUGAGACCAUUAGAUUGACAGUAGUCUGGUAGGACUGUUGCGCAGGCAAGUGUAUCCCAAGCAAGCAAACGGGUUUCCAGUUUUGCCGUCAAAACUUGCGCUUUCCAUAGGCUGGAUUUCCGCCGCUAUCUCGGGUCCGGUCGAGGUCGCAAGCUCAUUAGGGAGCUUAAGCAACGACGACGGCGACGUCGACGAGAACGGCAUAAAACAAUAAGGUUUAGAUCGGCAAAACAACAACCUUGCGCGUGCGUCAGCCCUUUAGAAUUCAACUCCUGAAAAAUUAGCCAUCAUUUGACAAAUUAAAUAGUUGGGUUAAGAGCAAUGAAGUUUGAAACAGCGCGAAUUCACUUUUUGGGAGACGUUUUCUCCGCCGUUGCCGUCGUCGUUGCUUAAGCUCCCUAGUUACCGAACAGCGACUGAUAAUCGAGUCUAGACUACGAGUAGUCCCCAUUUUUCCUCAGGGAUCGUAGAGCGAGCGAAACGCGAGCGCGCGUGAAAAUCACCCCACGCGAGAGAGGCGAGACGGGGCUACUGACGGGUUAAGACUGCAUUGCAGGUCAAAUACUUUGUCUAGUGACUCUGCAUUUUAACCAUUUAAUCCCCAAGAGUGACCAAGAUCCAUUUUGUCCUAACAAUAUCAACACAUAAUCAAGAGAAACGGUUAUGAGAAUUUAUAUAAUGAUCAACUAAGGGAAAAUGCGUUGAUUUUUUCUCCACUUUCAGCAACAUCUGACUGAUGUUAGCUAUAGGGAAUUCUCAUCCAAAACGGAAAGUGAUUUGCAAGGACUUGUUCGAUUAGCACCCUCUGGGAUUUCAGACCUACAGGGUGGCAAUUCUCCCAACUAAGUCUUAAGGGAAAUGUAUGGAGAUCAGUCUGGAGAAUUUGUGGGUGGAUAUCGAGGUUUAAUACAAUUGGCUAUGUCUUUCUAAGCAUUGCGCUCAGCAUUGUGUGACCAAAUUCCAGGUGUUUGGAGAUCUAUAGGAUUUUGCUUUAACCUGAAUCUGAGUUCUACCAUACAAAUUCAACUUUAAAGCAGUUUGGCCACGUAAGGACAUUGAUAUAUUGAACACUUUUACCUGAAAAUUUGAUUGACUCAUUCCUUGGGUGGGUGUUAGCAUCAGAGGUUCAGGUUGGGGGAUGUUUUGUCCCCCAAACAAACCUACUGUCCUGCGUUUCAGCUGUUUCAGCCCAUGUCGUCGGAGAGGACGAGGCUGUAAUGAAAGCAGCAAGUGCUAAGGACAUAGUGUUGAAGAUAUGGCACUCUAAGGAUGGUCCAGUAUCAGACAAGCCGCCAGCCAGGGUAUGUUAUACUAGCCUGUUUUCUUUCACAUCACAUAGUAACUGGGUUUCACAAUACAUACACUGUAAGUGUCAAUAUUCUUAG